UCUCAACAUCAUCCAACAUGGCCCUGAGAAAGCUGCAGACAGAGAUCGACAAGACCCUCAAGGCAGUCGCCUCGGGCGUCGAAGUCUUUGAAAGCACAUUCGACAAGCUCAACCACGCUUCCAACUCCACCCAGAAGGACAAGCUCGAGAACGACCUCAAGUCCCAGAUCAAGAAACUGCAGCGCAUGCGUGAUCAGAUCAAGGCAUGGCUCGGCAAUGGCGAUAUCAAGGACAAGACGGCGUUGCUGGAAAAUAGGCGGUUGAUCGAGACGCAGAUGGAGCGGUUCAAGGCGCUGGAAAAGGAGACCAAGAUGAAGGCGUUCUCGAAGGAGGGGCUGAUAGCGCAGAGCAAGCUGGACCCCGCGGAACAGGCGAAGCGGGAUAUGGUGGACUGGAUCGGGGGUGUGACGGAUGAGCUGUCGCAUCAGAUCGAGGCCACCGAGGCGGAGCUUGAAGCGCUGCAGCAGACGAAAAAGAAGAAGAAGGAGGGCGAGAGGCAGGAUGAGCUGGAAGAGCUCAACGAGAGGCGAGAGUGGCAUAUCGGAAGGCUCGAGAUUGUGCAGCGCAUGUUGGAGAAUGGCGGGCUGCAGGUGGGGGAUGUGGAGAGCAUAGAGGAGGAUGUCAAGUACUUUGUUGAGGCCAACAUGGAAGACGAAUUCGACUUUGACAAUGGCAUCUACGACGAGCUCAACCUCCAGGAGGAAGAAGAUUACCUUCACGACUUUGGUGUGCACGAGGAACACGAGGAAGAAGACGAGCCCGAACCGGAACCCGAAGUCGAGCCUUCCCCUCCUCCCAAGACGCCUGCCAAGUCUACCCCCCACCGCCUGUCAAAGUCCGACAAGGACCACGAAGAGCGAGACGAGUUUGCCAGUCCUCACACCAAGAAGACGCCUUCGCGAAAGUCUACCGUCGACAAGGAGAAGAAGGAAAGGGAGAAGAAGGAGGAGCGAGAGAAGAAGGACAGGGAACGGGAAGAGCGCGAGAGGGAGAGGAUUGCAGAGGAGAAGCAUCUCCAGGCCGGUCCCACGCCGUCCAAGCCUGCGCCCUUGCCACCCAUCAGGUAUGCCGCGGCCGCCGCUGCUGCCGUUGGCGGUGCAUCCGCUUCUGCGCCUACCCAAACCACCGCACCCCUCGCGCCUGAAGGCGAUCACGUUGCCUCGCCCCAAGAGACCUCCUCUCUUCCUCCCCCACCGCCACCGGGGCUCGAGACUCGUUCACCCUCCGUGGCUCACCAUACCGACUCUUCCGCUCCUUCCCGAGCACCCAGCGUCAGCGCUGCUUCUGGUAUCUCUGCCACCCCCGCCCAAACGCCCGGUAGCGUCGCCCCGCCACCCGGCUACCCCCAGUCUGCCGAGAGCUCGCAUUCUGCCCAAGCCCAGCUUGCCCAGGCGCAAGCGACCGCACAGUACCAAGCUCAACAAGCUGCCCAGGCCCAAGCCCAGCUCCAAGCUCAACAACAGCAGCAGCAGCAACAAGCCGCUGCCGCCCAAGCUGCCCAACAGGCUCAGCAGGCCCAACAACAGCAAGCUGGCGUUAUGGGCAACUUGAUGCAAAGUUUCGAGGUGGCCAAGGAAAUCUCCAAGAGACGGUCCGACGACGGGGACGAGUUGCAUGCGGCGCUCGAAGCAAGUUACUCGAAUAUCCCUCAACAACAGGAUGCCGAGCCUCCACGCUACUACCACCCCAAGAACCCAAUCAAAACCCCAUCCCACUAUCCCCAAGCCCGUCUCCCCGCUCUGGAAGACAAGUCCAUCUACUCCCGCCUGGAACUCGACCAGCUGUUCUACAUCUUCUACUACAUGACUGGCACGUACGAGCAAUGGCUCGCGGCUAGGGAGCUGAAGAAGCAGAGCUGGAGGUUCCACAAGCAGUACUUGACGUGGUUCCAAAGGGCGCACAACCCCCAGGCGAUUACGAGUGAUUAUGAGCAGGGAGGGUAUUAUUACUUUGAUUGGGAAAAUAGCUGGUGUCAGAGGAGAAAGAGCGAUUUCAGAUUCGAGUACCGAUGGUUAUCAGAUCACUGAUCGUAUAAAUAAACAAGAUUGUGCAUGUAAUAAUUCCGGCCGC